UGCAAAAUCAAAACAAGUUAAAGAACUAGUAAACCUAUCCUGCGUUACGUCAGACUGUUUUUAUUUACGUACUGACACAAUUUCGAAUUAUUUUUCGUUAGCCCUUCGUUAUUCAAUGCUAAGUCUCCGCGGCUGCAGAAUUUUGGCGUGCAGGAGUCAAAAAAGCGUCGUUUCCGCGACUCUCAGCAGUGCUUUCUCCUCGAAAGGCAAAGAUCCCAAAACUCACUCUGUGACAGUGACCGUGCCUAAAGAGGCUGAAAAGAAUAAGCAGUACGAUGAACACGCCAACUGGGAGCUCUUGGGCCGACGAGGAUACCGAUUUAUACUUCCUGGAAAUGUGGGACUUUCGCUAUCACGGAGGAAAGCAUUGAAUUUAAGCAAAAAGUCUUCAAGGACAAAAAAGAACCAAUCCACGCAAGUGUCCCUUCCUGACACCAAUUACUUUCGUCAUGUCGAGAUUGUGACACAGCUAGCUGUGUUAGCAUCUGAGGUAUCUGAACUGUCCUCUAUUAUUAAAGACGAGCCCAAAGAGUUCCAAGUCAAAGCUGUGGACUGCCCUUUUUUGUUACGAGAGCAGGUGAUAGAUCUAUUUCCAAACGCUGGAUUAGGCUAUGGGCCCCUUACUGCAGUAUGUGUUGCUCUGCGAGGCAUGCCUGCUGGUAGUGAAAAAACUGAAAAAUACUGGCUGAAAGUAAUAGAUAAGUUUGAGCAUACUGCACGGAGAGUUUGUGACAAGUUGAACCAGGCAGGUUACUGGGCUGAAUUUCCUACUGACAUUGAAUUCGACAUGAAUAAAAUGUCAACGGACGUAUCAGCCUCGCAAAUAGAAGCAUUGAGUAUGCUGAAAAGUCCGGGACCUAGAAUCGUUCACCUCUCAGGGUGCAUAAUUCUUAUGCACCCACCGAUUGGUGAGAGUAGGGUUUUGGGCUGGCUGUUUACAACCGCACCGUUCGACAACCAUGACCUUGAGGAAAUCAUUAACGCAGAAAACGGCUUUUCCUAACAAGUCAUGCUUUUUCUGUAAAGAUUUUUUUUCCCAAUGGUAAAACAGAAUCCUACAUUGCCUGUCUUGUUGAAAAAUAAAUUUUAAGUUUCCUCAAAAUGGAUUCAAAA